AUGGAUAUUGGUCACCCCAUUGCUGAGAACUAUGUUUAUGACAUAGAACAAAAGAUCAUCAUUGAUGUUGACAAGAAAAAGGUUAUCUAUAGGUUCGGCUCUGUGUUUAAAAAGUUCAGGAACAAAUACAGAAAUAAGAUUGUAUCAUCUUACCGUGAAGUGAAUGAUUUAAUGGAUAAUUUUGAGUCUGUUUCCUCACCAUAUGAUCAAUUAGCUUUUAUGAAACCUGGAUAUGCGGUUGGAAUUUCCAGGCCUUUAGAUGGGUAUGCUAAACUUGAACAUGUAUUUAUGUGUGGUGGUUGUGAAUCGUUUUGUCAUACACAAAAACAAACUGUGGAUGGGCAUAUUAAUUCUGGCUGUAAAGAUGCUGCUGGUAAUCCAAUAUGCUUAAAAGUCAGGGCAUAUGGGUUUAGAAUCAAAAGUGCCAAAAUGUACUUCUAUUUAAGAUCAGAUGCUCCUGACCCUACACCAAUUAGUGCUAGAAAUCAAAAUACGGUUCAAGGUCCUGCUAUUGCUGCUGGAGCUGAUGAUCCCAUUGUGUUUCAACCAUUGAAAAAACCAGUUUUUGAUGCAAAUCAUUUCACAACAGAUCUGAGUUUCAGUGAUUUGCUUCUUGUUAAGAGUGGAUUUGGAAUGUUGCUUGAGAACUUGAAAGAGUCGGGUAUAUUGAGUGGGCUGGUGUCAAAACCUUUAUUUUCAAAAGCUCAAACAGUUAUGAUCACCAAGGCUUGUUUAACUCUUAAGGACAACUGGGUAAAAUUUGGUUAUAUACAUACACAGUUACCGUUUUUAACAACCUCUGAUGAUUCAUCAUUUAUCAGAAAUCCAGAUUCAGAUAGAUCAAAAUCAUCACACAUUGAAAGGUUUAUUGUCUUCAUUCGAACUUUUUUAAUUAUGGGGUCCUACGAAGCUUACUCAAAAGAUUUCAGUGAUUCACAAAACGAUAACUUUGAGAUGAUCCACACUGUUUUGGAAAGAAACGAACACAAUGUUGAUGAUCAUGACGUUAAUUUAUUUGCUAAAGCGUUUGCUGACUUUAUUUUUGAAUCAUGUUCAAUGGAGUCAAGCUCCAAACUUUUAAUUGAUGCCCCAUUGGUUCAUACUGCUGGUUAUGUCUCUACUGGUAAUGGUUCACUUGAUGGUCCUGAAUUUGUUGUCAGCGUCAAACCUGAGAGCAGAAUUCAAAUAUAUGAUGCUGUUAGCUUUUUUUACAAAGUUGCCCUUGGAACAGCGUUUAAUGGCUCAGAUCAUGCCUCGUUUGUAAGUCUCGAUAAUUACAUAGCUAAAAGAGAUCAUGUUAGUCGACUUUUAUCUUUUCUAGACGAUCGAAAAAAGGCUAGAACAGUAAGGGAUAAUCUCCAUUCUCAUAGAUCCAUAACUUAUUUGGAUGAAUCUGGUGACAAUAUUCUCAUUGAUAAUGCUGUGUUCAGAAAGGACUAUUUUCCAAAACUAUACCAAGGAGGUAUUGAUAUGUUUAUCAAGAAGCUGAAUGAUUUUGGUGAUGCAUAUAAUCAGCCAUUUCCAGAGAUCAAGAAGGUAACAGAUUAUUUAGAUCAAUUUGCUGAUGCUAGUGAAGAUGUAUUAAACAAUGAUGUUGGUUUUUAUUGUCUGGAUAAUGUUCAACAAAGGUCUGAUUUAAAGAUCACAAGUUGCAGUAAUGAGUUAUCAGCUGCUAUUAAGAAGAACCCAAUGAAAGUUAUAAAACAACUCCAAAAUAUAAUAAACUCCAGUAUAUUCAAUGUCUUACUUUUUGCUGGAUAUGGGAUAUCACGGGGUAGUGAAAUGAGCGAACUGAGUUUUCGAAAUACGCCCGCUGCCCCUAGAGGUAUAUUUUAUAAUGGUAAACUUGCUCUUUCUAGAACCAAAACCACAGAAGUGUUAGAUGCUUUUAGUUCAAUCAUCCGUAUGAUACCAGUUCAAAUCAAAUCAUUGAUUUAUUAUUACUUAUAUGUGGUUAGGGAUCUUGAACUCAAGAUCUCUGAGACCUACCUUAGUGAUGCUUAUAAUGGAUUAGAUGGUGGUUUGUCCUCUGGAGAUGAUGUUACUGGUAUCAAUGACAUAUUAGAUUCACAAGGUGCCAUGAACUUUGAUAAAUCUGCAAAAUUAAAGCCACAUCAAGUACUUAACUUCUUUGUAUUUGCUGAUGGAUUUACCAAAUUUUCUUACAAUAAGGUAUCAUCAUUGUUUAAAACUUACUUAGAUGCUAUUCUAGGCCCAAAUAGAUUAACUUUGACAACUUUUAGACAUGUUGGUAUUCAUUUUCAAAGAGACAUAUUGUACAAAGAUCAUGAAUUAUGUACCAAAAUCAAUUCAAUAACACCUGUGGAAAUGAGCAGUGGUCAUUCGGUUAGAACUGGUGUUGAAGUUUAUGCUCAACAGGAUUCCAUCACAGGACCCAGAACUUUUGAUAAUAGAAUCUUAUCUAUUUUGGGGAAAAAAUGGCAAUUGGUUUUAGAAGGUAAAGCUGAAAUAAUGAAUCAAGAACAUGCUGUUUCACUAGAUGGUGCUAAUCUAAAUUUUACUUCACCAACAACUUUAAAUCUAUGGACUCUCUUGAAACAAUUAUUUGGUUCAAAUUUUGAUUUCUUUGAUCAAAGUCAAGAGACAUCAACAAAGCUUGGAUUAGCUACCAAUGAAAGUUUGUUGCUCAAUAAGCGUACUGGUGCAGGUAAAACGAUUAUGAGCUUAGCACCAUUUCUUACCAAAUCUAUGUUGUUUCACAAGCUAAAGAAUAGAGACAAAAAUUUAGUGAAACCAAUAUUAAUUGUGGUAAUACCCUUUGUUGGUUUGUGCAAUCAAUACCAAAAUCAAUUGAAAGAAUUCAAACCACUUUUGCAUAAUGAUUUUACUUUUGGUGUAUAUAAAGAUGGUGUCAGUGAACAGACUCUAAGAUCAUGGGAUGUUGUGCUGGUACAGCUUGAAAACGGUGCUAGAGAAACAUUUGUUCAGUUCGUACACAAAUAUGAGUCUCCAAGCUUUUACAACGGUAGGUGGUAUCAUAUAGAUCGUAUCAUUUUUGAUGAAAUACACCAAAUUAUAUAUGCUGAUAGUUACCGUCAUCAAAGUAUUGCAAACAUCAAUUCACUAAUCAAAGAUGUGAAUAUCCCUUUAACUUUAUUAUCUGGUUCUUUGCUACAAAGGGAUUUUCCUCAAAUCUUACAAAAGUUAAAUCGUGUAGACAUAAAAACAACUCGAGAAUCUUUAGAUGAUUCAAUCCACCCAUCAAGGCUAAUGAACAUAAUAAAAGAUAAAGAAUGGAUCAGAUCAAAUAUCACAAUUCAUACGAAAUUUUGUGAAAAUAACAAUGAGUUGAAUGAUGUUGUCAAAGAUUUUCAUAAUAAAUUCGCUAACGUUCAUGAAAAGCUAAUUGUUUUUAUGAACAACAAACAUAAAUUAGCAAAUUUAAAAUGUUUAUUAGAUGAUGAGUCGGUAAAUGAGUUUAAUGGAGAAAUGUCACAUGAAGAGAAAAUUAAGGUUCAACAAGAUUUUGGUACAGGUAAAUGCAAAACGUUACUAUCAACUAUUGCUGGUAAUAAUGGUCUUAGUUUCAAUAAUGUCACAAAAAUUAUUAUUAUAGGUAAUAUUGGGAGUAUUGAAUCAAUCCAAGCUCUUGGCCGUGGUGCAAGAUCACCAAAAGAAACAUGUUCAGUUUUGUUUUUGGAUUUAGCAGAAAAUAUCGAGGCAAUAUAUAAAGACUUGGAUGAUCUUCCUAAACAAAUUUAUACAGAUACGGUUUUAUCAAAAAUUGAUUUGUCAUUUUAUAAAAUGAUUUAUGGAUCAGGUAACUCACAAUUAAUUAAAGAUAAUAUCAAUGAAUUCAUUAAUGUACCAGUUAAACCUGGUGAAAUUUGGCAGUUUGGAUUAAAAUUUGUUAAACCAGCUCCUUCCAUACAACAAAACGUUUUUUUUGCUAAUAAAAAACAAAAGAUCAAUCUGGUUCAAUCAAAAUCCAUUAGUUCUGUUACAGCUGCUGCUUCACCUGAUGUUUCAAGGCAAGUUAUCUUAAAACAUAAACCUCGUCCUGCUGCUGCUCCUGUUUUAAUUUCCAAAGAAGACGAUCUUAAAAUUAAAAAAUUUAAAAAAUGGCUUAUUCAACCAAGCACAAUAGAAAAAAUGAAAGUUUUGGAAAUGAAAUCAAACAUAAAGUACCUGGAGGUAGUAAGCUUAAUCAAAGCAAGAGAGUACGAUGUUUCGUGUAAUUCUUGUUCAUCACGUUUUCAUCCUAAAGGUUCAACUUGUAAUUUCCUUGAAGUUUUACCACCCCUAACUGAGGUGAUUUAUAUGUUGAAAGGUCCAGAUACGUGUGUUCGUGUGUUCAAUGAAGGUAGAACCGAAUUGUUUUUGGAUGUUUUCGAUAAACAGUUUGAUGUUAUUAGCAAAACAUUACAAGCCCAUUAUGAUAAUCUCAAAGCGUUUAGGGAAUUAAGAAAAACAUACAUUACCUCUGGUAUUCCAUGGUUCAAGCUUUACAAAGAAAAACAUACAAAUACAAGACUUGGUUCUCGUAUAGCAUGUCUAGAUGAGGAGCCAUUACAGUUUAAUAGUUUAUUUUUCCAAGCUUUUAUGGAUAAGGUAAAGGUAAUAAUGAGUUACUACACUAAACAGGGUAUGUUUGGAAAGCAUCAAAUUUGCUAUGAGUGUGGUUUUAUUGAAAAGUAUGAGAUAGAAUCUGGUUACAAAGAGUGCUCAGAGUAUCCAGAAGGUCCAACUCAUCACAAAAGAAUUUAUGCUUUAUAUAUGCAUUUUAUCCAGAAGCACAACCAAACUACCAUUUUGAAGUCUUGUUUUAAUCAAGAAAUCUUUAAGAAACAUCUGAGUGAUAUUGAGUCAAACAUGAAGUUAGGUCCUGUGUUCUUCAUAUACGCCAUGUUGAAACCAUUUAUUGUUCAAAAAGAGUGUCCCCAAAAGAAUGAUCAAUUAAAAGCUGUUCCAUUUUACAUGAUUUUAGUUAUUGAAUUGGUGAACAAAAGAAAGAACUUCUUGUUUUAA